UUUCAGUUCUGAAUAUGGCUGACUUUGAAGGACCUCCUGAAAUAGUUGGUGAUGGCAGCAGCGACGAAGAAGUUCUCGAUGACGACAAUAUGCGGUUUCCCCAGCCAGCCCAUGUUGAGAAACAAGAGGGAGGCGAUGUGAGCACCAAUGGGGAGCGCGAUUUUGGAAAGGAAAGUUUUGAUACCACACCUACUGAGAACGGAGUGAAACGUGAAGGUGGUCAUGAUAUCAAACAAGAGACGGAAUCUUCCGAGGACUUCGCGGACUCAUUGGGAAGCUUUCCGGGGGUUGUGAAAGCGGAAGCAUCUGCUGAUGCUUGUAAAAGCGGUGUCGGUGUUGAGGAUGUGAGUGUCAGUGUUGCCUACGAGGACUUACAUUUGGUCAGUGUGCGAGAUACCCUACGUGAGUGGGGAGUGUCUGAUUCUGCAGUUUCUGUGCUGCUCUGGGACAACUUGAAAGUAUCUUGUGUAUGGAGUGUUUCGACUCUCUGUCUCCUUGUGAGUUUGCAGACAAUGUCGUUCUUAUCUGUGUUCGCCUACUGCUGCCUGUUGACACUAUUUGCAGUUUGGCUGCUCAGAAUCUACUCGUCACUUCAGGCAACCCUGACUUCUUCCGACCAACCUAACUUACACCCUGUGUUGCAACACUGGCUAAACAAGGACAUAUCUCUAACCAAGGACAAAAUAGAGCAACUCGCACACUGGAUCAGUCCACCUCUGCAAUCGACUCUCCAGCUGUGUCGCAAGGUGCUUCUCUUCCACGACUUGAAACUGACGCUGCAAGCCGUAGUGCUGAUGUACAUGCUAACAUACGUGGGAGCAUCCCUCAACCUCCUCUCACUCCUCACCAUUGCCUUGUGUGUCCUCCUGUUCCUAACUCCAAUCUACGACAGACGACAAAAACAGAUCCACGUAAUAUGUCGAGCGACAGUGUCGAAGGCCUACGCGAGAGGAAACCACUUUUGGCAGUCGAAUCUAAAACCGAAGUUGCUUGAGAAUUUCAAGAAAUUGCCUCCGGUUAUCAGGGAUCCCUUGGCUAAGUUUAUCCCACCGCAAGCUCAAUCAGAGGGCGCGAAAGAUAAGAAGCAAUAAAUUAGAAGAACUAAUUGAAUAUGAAAAGCGUCAAAGUUUCGGAAAAGGAAAAAAGCGAGAGAAAUUGUGUGGUAGAAAGAACAGAACAUAAAAUAAACAUUACUUUCAUCGUUUGUUUGAUUUGACUGAUUUGCUUGGAUUUGUUUCGAUUCCACAUCCACUCGUGCUAGCAAGAAUAUCAUGUAAGAUGUAGAUAACUUAACUAAACUUAUUUC